AUGACAGAACAUACGGAAUUGACAACAAAACGAAUUUCAAACACGGCCGUCGUUUAUUUUGUUUAUUUCAAUAUUACUUUAUACUAUAUUCUUGCUUUUGGUGUUUUAAAAUGGAAUGUAAGACAUUCCAUAAAGGGAAGUACUAUAUUACCUUUAAACGAGGAUUUGAAGACAGUAAGAGAGAUGUUACUGUUACUAUUAUGAAGAUUUUCGGCAGCGAUAGCUUGCGCAUAUCUCUUUCUGACGAGGACGACCCUACUUUUUUAUGUAUUCUUAAUGUUUCGCGGUGCGACUACGAAGAUCUGAAGAAGCAGCAAGGCCUGUUGAUAGAUUUCGAUAAUUUCCCCUCGCAGCUUGUUAGGCUCCUUCAACAAUGUGCAUCCAACAAUAUGUUCCUGAUAGUACAACAAACAAAUCCAGUACAAUUUUAUUUUGAAAUUGUAGAGCACAAUGAGUUUAGGCGUCUCGUUCAUUUGUCACUGAAGACAGGGCCGGCUACAGAUGCAGACAUCAAACAACAUAUGGCUGAUACUAUCAAUAAUUUAAAGAAUACACUGGCAUCUUUUAAAAGUUCAGCAACUAGCAGUGAAGUGAUGUGGAAAGAGAAAUGCAUCAAAAUGGAGCAGAAGAUUCAUGAGCUGACCAACAACUUGGCUGAGCUAAAAGAUGAGAGGAGAAAGAGUGAGAGUGAGUUUCAAGAAGCAAUGAAACAGGAGAGAGAAAGGGCAGCACAGGAAAGACAACAGUGGCAGAAAAAUGCAGAAAUUAAUGCAAAAGCUCAGCUUGCAAGUUCAGAAGAAGCCUUGAACAGGAAAAACAGACAAAUUGAAGAGUUAAAUACAAUAUGCCAGCAGCUAAAAGAUAAAAUAGGACACUUGGACAACCAAUUGAGUGAAAAAUCUCAAAGGUUAAUGCUGUUAGAGGGAGAAGUUCAAAAGUCACACAUAGAAGUGGCUACAUUAAAGGCAAAAAAUGCGAGCUUAGACAGAGAAAUUACUGAAAAAGAAAAGCAAAUUAGUAACUUGAACACAAGGUGUACCUACUUAGAGAAGAUUGGAAAAGAUAAUGCUGAUCUUGUCACAGAGCUGAAAAACUCGUUACAAAUAAUUAAAAAAGAAAAGUUAAAUUUAGAAGAAAGACUAGCUCUAAGCGAAUCACUAGCGAAUAGAAACAAUGAAGCUGCAAACUCAACUUCAGAACAGCUGUUAAAGGCUAACCAAAUCAUUUCAAAACAAAACCAUGAUAUCAUCGAAAUGAAAGAAAAGAUAUUAUGUCGAACAGCUAUAGCAUUAGAACAAGAAAAAGUUAUAGAGAAAAACAACAAAGAAAUUGAGGAACUCAAGUCUGAAAUAAAUAUUACUAAACAGAAUAUUGUUAGCCUUAAAACAGAAUUAGACAAGCUGAAAGAAAAGUAUGAAAUAAAUGAGACGGCAUUGAAAGAUAAAGAAGAAAUGAUAAAGAAUAAUAACAUGGUGAUCCAGUGGCUGCAUAAAAAAAUGGAAGACACCUGCGAACCAAUCAGUGCAGUGACGAAGAAAUCAUUCAAUGGAGCCGCCAAACAUAGCUCGACGCCGCACAUUCAACCAAAUGAAAAUUCAGAUCUGGCAGAGGACAUGUCAGAAGAAUCUAUCAAUUUCUAUGCUACAUCAAAAUUGUCUACAUUUGAAGGAAGUCCUUUAACAAAAACUCAAGACAACGGUAACAACAUCGGCCUAGAUCCGAAAUACUUGAGACCGGCUGAUGACAAAGCAAAGAAGACUGCUAAAGAUUGCGGAUCACAAAAGUCUGUAAAAGGAAAAGAAAAUGACAAAUUCAGUUUACCUCAAGUGGACUACAGAGAAAAGAAAUCUUCUCGAAAAAAUACCUAUCGGGCAACACCGGUAUCUGCAUAUUUUCCAUGAAAAAUGAAUCCCAAUGUGGUGUGUAAAUUAGGUGCUACAAUUCCCUUAGAACAAGAGUUCGCUUACCGCGGUUCGCGAGCCUUAUCCGGCUCUUCGGACAUGCAGUUGUGGCUCUUCAACUCGUAACAUAACUCUGGGAUCGCUCAAACCGCCUUCUGGCUUUUUGAGAUUCCUAAAACUGAUGAUUUCUACUGCAGAGGGCCUACCGCGAACCACGUUCGACGUGUUGCCUCCCUGUCACACUUAGCUACGAAUUUAUAGAGAGGCAACACGUCGAACGUGGUUCGCGGUAGGCCCUCUGAUUGCACGACUCUUCAAAAGUUCUGCCUUAGAACAAGGGUUACUAUACGUAAAAAAUAAUGAGGUUGAAAGUUAAAAGCAGUGGGCUUUUCUUACCCAGCCUUUUCAAAUUGUUUCAAGGGGCAUUGCGUAUUUAAAGUAAAUAGCUGGAAUAGCAGUGAUAUCUGACAUAAAUGAAGAUUUAUCUAUGACAGUGGCUAUAUUAUGGCCAAUAUUUGUGACAUGUCACCGAGAAACAAACGUGCAGCAUUUGCGACAACACAAAGCAGUCGAAUAGGGAGCGUGCAUGAACUAUAGGGGGCAGCACAGCAGCCGUCAGAUUUUUGGCGCGAGGCGUAAAUGUGAUGUUUAUUGUUCCAAUGUAGCCCACAAGAUGGCAGAACCUACUAUGCACAAGAAAACACGUGACGUGUAAAUUUACAUGUUUAUUGUUCUGAUUCAGGUCAAAAGAUGGCAGACCCUCCAACGCGCACGGUCCCUAUACCGCUCACGUUAUUUUAAGAUGGACGUCGUAAUUGUGAAAAAGGGUAAUUUAAGUAAUUUAUUAAUUUUUAGCGAAUGCAAUGCAUUUAAGCUGAGCAAAUUUACUCUGAGACUAACCGAUUUUUUUAAAGGAGGCGUUUUGGUGAAGGGUUGCCCAUAAUUAAUACUUUGGUUAAUUUUUUUAGCCUGUUCUUGCUUUUUUACAUGUGCAUAUUAUAAUAUAUCAAAUACAUAUGAAAUAUAAAUAGGACGCAAACAAAACUAAAAGUAUUUUAUUUUCCUAGUAAAAUGAGACAAAAGAUCCUUGUCGAAAAUUGGGUUUAAGAAACCAGUACCAACCGUAAUACCAACAUAACUGAUUUUAUCAACCAGAAACGUCUGCGAUCGGUACAACAAAUUAUUAUUUUAAAGGAAAAAUUCACCGCCUCCUGCAAAACUCGAACUUACUACCUUUCGGAACACCGGUCUGAUCGCUACUACCAACUGAGAUACGGAAAUUGACAAUUAGAUCAGAAACAGAAUUGGCGUCAAUCUCAUCUAGCGUACAUACCUAGCGACGGGCUAAUAUAGAUAGGUACAUAAAAUUCAUUUUUUCGUCCACACCACCACGAAGAAUUGUCCAGUCUGGAUUGCCCUUAAGAUCUCCGUCUGUAUAGGCAGUUGAGUGCACGGACUUAUGAAGGGCCCUUCACACUCGUGCGCGAAGCCGCGAACGCGAGUGUGGAGGUGGAGGGCUUUCGCGUCGAUUUCGCAGAUUGUUCACGCCUUCGCGCCUUAUUCCCCGUUUUUUGUCGGUAUUUGGCCCGCGUUGGUUAAUCUGAACUGUCAUAACGCGGCUACUUGGUUAAUAUAUUGGGUGCGAACUUGAUCAACUGGGAAUCAGUGCCUUGCCGCAAACUAAAUCCGAUCAGCUGACGAUUCGGCGCCAUCUUGCCGCGAACCAAACUGCGAAAUCGCCGUUAAUUUGUGCGAGUGUGGAGUCUACGUCACGGUAUGUUCGCGCCGCGAUUCACGCGCAUAGUCUGGACGGGGCAUAAGAUUAACCGGAUAGGGUACAUUGGCCAAAAAGUGUGUCCACAUGAGAAGUCAAGGUGGGCCGUUGCAUCUCUUUCUAAUUAGGGUGACCAUGAGUUACAUGUAUCUGGGAUAUUAGGAUAACGUGAAAUAUAUAGUUUAGCCAAGAUCUUUUAUUAUUCGUGCAUAGUCAGAGAGAAUCUUACCGUCUUUUUGCUGUGCUAGUAUUAUGGCCCCUGAAAAGGGAUUGAUAUAGUUUAUUCUCUUCUGUAAAACGCUUCACAAAAUCUUACUUAAUUUAGUCAUUCUAAAACUUACUGAUAGGCGUACCGGACCGCCACCAUUAUCGAUCGUGAGGAAGAUGGUCCGCCGUAACUUCUGUCAAGAACACAGGUAUGAGUACGAGAGAGAGAGACAGAUAUGCUGACAGGACCUGGGUCGCGGUCCGCUCCGCCCAUUUAUAUUUAUAUUUUUAAUUGCGAGCAUCUUUCUCUGUCACUCUUAACUCCUUUAUAUCUAUAUGUAAGUAUAAAUUAUUAACUCUUAUAAGCAGGACUUAAUCGCGUAUUAAGUUUUAUGUUUACGUCCGACGUUCCGAGGACGGCGUUGUCCCCGUGGUCUCGAAGAAGACUGGCUAAAGUUGACUUCAACAUCUUCUAGCUGCGCGAGUUUUUCGUACUACUCGCACUUUGUCUCUUGUUUAUUGACUUGAACAUUUUGCGCACUAGGGAUGUUACUCUGUCGACACACAACACUAACGAUAUCCGAUUUUUUAAUGUCGAUAUUCAUUCUCGCUUACACAUACUAAUAACUGGGGGCCUACCGCAAAAACCGAAAUUCGCAAAUUGCGGGGAUCGUUGUCUUGUACUCUCACUAAGACGUAAUAAGAGUGACAGAG